AAUCUGUGGUUUCGACAUCUCCGUGAUCGAGGGAGAAAUCGGAGAUUUGAUUCUUUUGACAAUUCCCAAUAUUUCAAUAUCAGUUUUCACAACAUUUUCUCACGAAUUUCAAGUCCACCUUGAGCAUUUGUGCCGGACACCUCUUGAUUUUUGCCACCAUGUCUAUCUCUUCAACAAUAUUUUCAAUUUGGGAAUGAAAUUGGAGCCAUCAUAAAACAAUAGGGAAAAGGGCAUUAUGCCAAAGUGCGAUGUGAAAACCCGAUAUAUACCGGCUACUUUUGCUUGGGCCCUGCUUUUAUCAGCAACUGGCUUAUUCUUUUACUACCCGGCUAGAUAUUACCUGCCAGAUUAUCCAUGGGUUCCAGUAUACCAAGGAGUUCUUACCUUUUUUGUUCUUGCUAAUCUAUCCUUAGCCACUUUUAUGGAUCCUGGAGUUAUACCAAAAGCUCCUCCAGACGAAGAUAGAGAAGAUGAUUUUAGGGCUCCUUUAUUUAAAAGUGUAGACAUUCAUGGAAUCACUGUUCGUAUGAAAUGGUGUGUGACAUGUAAAUUUUAUAGACCACCAAGAUGUUCCCAUUGUAGUGUAUGUGAUCAUUGUAUAGAGACGUUUGACCAUCACUGCCCAUGGGUUAACAAUUGUAUUGGAAGGAGAAAUUACCGCUUCUUCUUUUUUUUCUUGAUGUCCCUAAGUAUGCAUAUGAUAAGCAUAUUCAGCUUGAGUCUAAUCUACAUUUUACAUUAUACAAAAAGUUAUUCCAAUGUGGAACCAAUUGUGGCUAUUGGCCUGAUGGCCUUGAUAUCAAUAUUGGCCAUUCCGAUUUUCGGUUUGACCGGUUUUCACAUGAUGCUAGUUUCAAGAGGUAGGACGACAAACGAACAAGUUACUGGAAAAUUCAAAGUUGGGUAUAAUCCUUUCUCGAGAGGAUGUUGGGAUAACUGUUGCUACGCCUUAUGUGGACCACAAUUUCCAAGCUUGAAAAAUCCGAAAAAAUACACAGUAAAACCGAAACAUUGCCCACACGGCCCGAUUUCGACGAUAACGAACGACAGUCAAGUGAAAACUUACAUGGAUAACAGCAAUGGUGUACGUAACAUUAAUUCACAUGCUUAUAAUAAACGUUUCUUCCAGCUAUCACCUGGCAGAGACGGCUGCGACCUUGAAAUGGAACCAUCUGCUUCUCAGUCUCAAGAUUGUGAACCCACUCCUCCUCUGCAACGUCAUGGUUCCAAAAACAAUUUCUUUCUCCCCCAAGGUGCUGUUCCAGAUGGAGGUGGAGAUUCACCUCGCCAUCCUAGACCUAAUAUUCAUUAUCCAAGAAGUAGUCCUCAUCCGAGACCUCGAGGACUUGAUCCAUCUGUUCGGGGGGUUACACCUGAUGGUCCUCAAAGACCGUCACCCACGUUGCAACAAAGGAUAAAGGCACAAGGAGUGCCUACGCCUUUAGCAAUGUCUAGUCCUGUAAGAAGGUCGAACCCGAGUACUCCCACCCAGCCUAGAAGGCCGGAUUUCAUCGGUAUUGCGGCAAAUCACCAACAACCGCCCCAAUACUACGACUACCAACAGAGCCAAAAUACACAUCACGCACACAGGCCCAUGAUGGCCAGUACCCAGAACUAUGGAAGUCCUCAGAGAAGAUUUAUGUCUGAGGGCGAAUUGGUAAGACAAGAGGCGCAGUUGUCUUACCCCAGAUCGAACAACACGGUGGACAACAUCAGGGAAUUGGCGAAUUCGCCACAGAGGGGAGUGUAUAUGUGGAAAGAUACCUCCCCUGGUUAUCCUCCGCCCCAACACACUGAAUUCUAUAGAUCUAAUCCUACUAGUCCAACACAACAAGUGUAUACGACAGCUCAACCUAGAUCUUAUCAUCCAGCAUCUAGAGGUGGGGUACCUGUAUAUCCUCCUGCUAGUCCACAGAUCCAUCGAAAGAUGCAACAGAUGGGAACUAGCUCUUCUGCUGUUCAGCAACAGCAGCAGGACAACCGUCGCAGACCCAUAUCAUUCGUCCGAGCCCUUGAGAUGACAGAUGGCGUUGAACUUUCCCAAUCCGGUGGCCAAUGCUCCGCGCAUCUACCUUCUCAACGGCCAUCGACGCCCGAACGUACCAGCGUCUACGAUAUGAACUAUGAAAUUUCCGUAUAGGACAGGUGCCGGCACUCACAUCGAUGUGAUUGAGUGCGUUUAUAAGUUCCUCUGUAUCAGAGGACAGAACCAGUGUGCCCCAAAACUGAAUCAAAUAUUAACUCUCGUUUCCCAAUUCUAAAAAUGAAUAAUAUCCUGUCACUCCUCCUUGAAAGUUGUCUUUCACUUGUCCUUUUAUGUGCGUAGGUGAUAAAUAGGUUGGUGUCUGAGCUGAUCAAAGAAAUCUUGAACGUGGCUUGUUCUCGAUGAAACGGUAUACUCUGCCUACUUGGAGAAUUUGACCGAUUGUUAUGAAAACUGCAGAAUUUUUCUAUUUGGAAGUAAUUUAAAGUUCUCGGAAAUCAAUUUUUUUUUGACAUAGUAUAAUAUUAACACUAAAAAUUUUCAAUGAUUUUUACAGACUCUUGAAAACGAUUUAAUGGCUUUUCCAAAUUGAUGGGGUUAUACAUCAACAAAUCCUUUUACUUAUAAAAGGAGGAAUGAAUUUUUGAACGUGAGUUAUAAAUAUGUUCAUAAAUAAAUCACAAAAAAAAAUGCGAGUUUCUCUUAUGCUGAUCAAAUGAACAUUUUGCUUUAUCGAAAAAAAUUAAUUGACGGCUAUGGAAAAUUUUAGAGAAAUAAUGACUAUAAAUUUACAUAAAAAAUAUGAUGUUGAGUUUAUUUGAAAGAAAAGAGAGUAAUAGAUAACACUUAUUUAUUAAUUCAUUUAUUCUUUCACAACCGCUCUAAUUUUGUACCAUUUCAGUUCCAUUGGCUGACAUCAGACAUCUUUCAUGAUUAACAGCCAUUAGGCAUAAUAAAAAAGGUAAAGAUGCAGAGGAUCAAAUACUCCAAUCUGUUUGGGUCAUGUUAUUUUGGAUCGUUACAUACAACAUUAUAUUCCGGUUUUUCAAAAUUCCUUGAAAUAACUCUCACCUGACGCAAUGUGAAAUAUAUUCGGAUUGAAUAGUUGAAGAAAAUAAGUGAAUCCAUGAACUAAAAUAUGUUUCAGAAGUAAUUAGGUUGAAUAAGACUGUUGGAAUUUUAAUGUUUUUUAUUCUUAAAGUUGAGUUCUUGAACUUAAUUUGGAUUUUCAAAUUUUUCAUGUAACUUGUAUCAAUGUGUUUGUUUAAAAUUUAAUUUGUAUAGUAGUUUGUAAUAUAAGAAGAAUUAUGUUGAAAUUAUAAUUGCACAAAAAUAAAAGUUACCAAAGUUAAAAACUCAAAUUCAACAUAACUAUUUUUUAUUUAUAUAUUUAUUUUUUUGAACAAGUAUUUAAAGUAGGUGUGUUUUGAUUGAAAUUUUUAUUUUUGUAACCAAUUUUAGGAAAAAUUCUCUUGAAGCGGAAAAAUCUUGUCUCUUUACUUAUUUAUUGCAAUUAUUUUUUGCGAUUCAGGAGUACAUUUAAUGAAAUAAAAAGCAAAAUAUACUGUUUCAUUGAAGAUACAUUUCACAAUUCUCUGGUGGCCAAUUUUUGCUCAGACUAACUUAGGCUGUAAAAAAAAUAUUUAUCUAUCAGCAAGAAGUAUCCUACUCUCUAUCUGUCAUUAUCAAAUAUAAAAUUAUUCUGUCUCAAUUAGUCAUUGCAUUGAAAAAAUCAAGCCAAAUUUUUUAUACAAACAGUUGACCAAUAUAGGAUAAUCAGGUUUCAUCACUUCAUAUUGAAUCAAUCUCAUUAUUCCCAUAAAAAAUAUAUUUCUUGUUAUUUCAAAUUGAUUAUUAUUUUUGGUUUGGUGUCAUUUGGAGAUAAUCCUAUGCUCAAUAAUAAUAAUGUUUUUUUUAUUAAUUUAAAGGAUUUUGAUUCUCUGAUAACAGUUGCAAACAAGUUGAGUUGUACCUGUAUUGAAGAACAAAUUAGAUGUAAAUAAUUCAUUGCCCUUUAAAUAUUUGGUUUGGUCUUGAGACAAGUUAUUUUGAAUCUGAACCUUUAAUUUUUAUUUUUUUUAUUUGCCAUAGUGUGAUUAGGAUGGAUAAUAUAUUGUUAGUAAUUAUUUCGAGAGAAAGUUCUAUGUAAUAGCUUCAUAUCUUAUUUCAGAAAAGAUUUCAGAUGAACUUCAAAUAAAAAAUGAGAACUCCUGAUGAAAGCAUAGUGGUCUUAUUCAUCACAAGUCUAGUCAGUUUAGAUACACUAUGUUUUAAAACAAAUCUUAUUGAAAGUUUCCAGGAAUUUGUAUGCAAGUUUUAGAAAUAUUGGCUAUUUUAAAUAUAAUUUACUUUCAAUUCGAAUUUUUCCAACAAAUGUCUUCCAUUAUUUUAGAUAAUAUGCCCAUUUGAUUUUUAUUGUUAUAUAAUGGUGCAUAUCAAAUUGAUUAUCUUAACACAAAUAGGUACGUUUAGAUAUUUUUUGCUUUUAUUUUGUACAUAUAUUAUUAACAUUUUUUUUGUAAGGAUACUACUUGCUUAUAUUGAUAACUUGAGGAAAUUAUUGUCAAACCUAACAAAGAUAUAGAUAGUAUGAAUAUUAAACAUAAUUUCUUGUUUUUGAAGGGUAAACUGAUUGCUAUCAAGCAAUUCCAACAAAAUACUGUAUUUUCAAAUUGUUAAUUUAUUUUUGUAUAUGAUGCCGAGCAGGGUAGUCAUUAGGUUUUGUUCCAAAUGUGACCUUACAUAGUUGGCAUUUUGUUUAUGAUGGUUAUGUUUUAUGUAUGGUUGUUUGUUGUUGAUUUUCUGAACUAUUCUUUUUUAUUGAACAAAUAUAAUCAUACUAACAAUGAGGCUCAGGCAUUUUAUAUAGUAAAUUUUUAUUAUGUGUAUUAUCAGUAACUGAGUUGGUGUAAAUAUAUUAAUAAUUUAGUAUAUA